UUCCCGGAUGGGUGUGGCCGGGCCGCGCCAGCCCGUCUGAAGAGCGAGCGGUGCAGCAGGCCGCGCGCUCCGGGCCGCCUAGGUUUCCGCCGCUGCCUCGGGAGCGCCACUGGCUCGUUCUACCGCGGGGCCCCUGGAGAAAUGGUCUAAGAGCUGAAACACGUGGCAAAGAAGACAGAGGCUUUUGCUCUCAUAGCGCAAGUGUACGGUGCAGCCAGCAGGCAGGUGUUUGCCAGUGGUGACUUUUUUGGAUCGAUCAGGGCUGCCUUGAAAGUGGUUUACAUUCAUCUUUCAAGAAGGAAGCAGCUAAGACUACGCAGUGGAGCAGAUGAAGAAAAUGGCACAGUCAAGUGGCCAGAACAGCCCUGGGGGAAGAGCCCUCAAAGCGAACCUAAAACAAGACCAAGACGGGGAAAGGCAAGUCCUGAAGACAAGAGCGGAACCUCCGUACAUAACGUACACCAUCCGGGAUGAAGGUGUGUGCAGUGGGUCCGGCCCCGCCGCUGAGGAAGAUGACUUUGUUGAUGGUUACAUAGAGUGCAUCGUGACAGGGGAGUUUUCUGAGCCCGUUUUGGAAGAGGAUUUACUCUUCAAAUCCUUCGAAAACCUAGAGCAAGCUGACCAAGACCUUUCUCGCCAUGUUCUGGAAGCGAGUUCCCUUCUUGAGUGUUCUUUGGAAUACAUGACAAAGGGGAAGAAACAAGAGGAAAGAGAGGCCAAGCAAGAGCUGCCUCUGCAGUUUGGCGCGACCUCGGAACUUGGGUGUUCUGAGCCCAGGAGCAGCAGGCAGCUUCCGGGUUUACCGGCUCAUAAGCAGCUUGCUGGGUUUUCUGGGGGGAAGCCAAAGGGCGGGAAAUACCGUGCUGCACUGCCCGCGCUGGAGUGCCCCCACGCCGGGUGCGAGAAGAAGCUGCGGGAUAAAAGUGCCCUGAGGAAGCACAUGCUUGUUCACGGGCCCCGGCAGCACGUGUGUGCGGAGUGUGGAAAGGCUUUUAUGGAGAGCUCGAAACUAAGGCGACAUUUUCUGGUUCACACUGGAGAGAAGCCUUUUCAGUGCACCUUUGAAGGGUGUGGGAAGCGCUUCUCGCUAGAUUUCAACUUGCGCACGCACGUCCGCAUCCACACGGGUGAGAAGCCCUACAUGUGUCCCUUUGACGACUGUCAAAAGAGGUUUGUUCAGUCAAAUAACAUGAAGAUUCACAUCCUAACCCAUGCAAAGGCAGGGAAGAAAUGCUGAAGACCAAGACAGAAUGUCCUGGGGCUGGGCAGUCUGCAUGGCAGAGUCACUGGGCAUCCAUGCACUGUAGAUUAUCAUUUGUAGGGAAGGAGUCUAUGGCUAAGAUAAUUUUGCAACUCUAGGUGGUGUACUUCUAUUUUUUUUAUACUUUAUUAUACAAUUUUAAGAACUUUUCUUUGUAUUCUAUAGUGUAGUUCUAACAGAAAAGUCAAUGAUGAAGUCAAUUCAAAAGCAUAAUCUUUAAUAUAUGUGCUACAUUAUUGAAUGUGAUGGGCUUUUUUCCAUACUUCAUAGAAAAUCACUGAUUUUUAAUUAUGCAGUUCCUAAUUGCCUAGCAUUUACUUUUAAAGAUGUGCUUCAUGGUAGAGGUGGUAAUCCUGACGAAUAACUUCAGCAGUAGUCAACAAAUGAAUGCUUACUCAUUUUUAAAUUAAAAUAUUUUUGAUUUUUGUUUUCCUCAUUGUAUCAAACUAUAAUAUAGUUAAAUGUAAAUAGUUAUAAGCUAAAGUUGGUCCAUCUAGAGAUUUCAGGUGUUUCAAAAUAAAAAUAUGAAACUCUAGAAAUGUGUUAAAUUUCUGAAGAAAAAAAAAAGAUACACCAGUCUUUUGGGGGAAAACUGUCAAAGCUAUUUUGAUAGGAUUUGCAAUAGUGCUUUAUUGAAUUUCUGAGGUUCCUCGCUACAGUGCCUCAAACACCAGAAACAUAUUCUCUUGUUAUGGAGGCUAGGAAGCCACAGGUCCCAAAUCAAAGGGUCACACCAGGAUCUUGUUUACCUGCUGUACCCCGUGUCACCUAACAUCUUUUGUUUUCUAUUCAGAUUUCCAUUAUACUGAGUAACAAACCUGAAGACCUCACCUUAAUUACCUAAAAAGACCAGAUAAGAACACAUUCUGGUUCUGAGGUACUGGGUGGUAAAGUUUGAAUAUAUGAUUUUUUUUUUUUUAUGU